UCAAAAGGAAAACCUUUUCCAUCUUUGCUAUACUAGGUGUUAAAUUUUUUGGAUUUUUUUAAAUUUUCAAUAUAUUUUGUUAAGGAGAUUAAGUUGACUAAACAAAUUUGCAAGAUUAAUUAACUCAAUAGAGUAUAUGAUAUAAAUCAGGAAUAGCUGUGUAAUCAAAAAUUUAAUUGGGAUAAUUAUCCACAACAUUUAUUCCUAAAUAUUUUAAAGGUAUUGUAAUACUUAUAAAAGAAUAUCUCUGUAUCAACUAUCAAUGUCAUACACUGAUCUUCCAUUUUUUAGAAAUGUAUAUUGAUAUACAAAGUUUGCUUUCACUUAUUCCCACAACAUAUACAAAAUAUGAUCCUGUAGCACACAACCAUGCCAUUAAAAAAGUCUACAAAAGAAAGAAAUGUUAAAUCUGCCCAAAAGGGUGUCCAGAGCAUAAAUGAGAAGCUAAAGAAUUUCUUAAAGUUGUACGAAACACACUGCAAAUCUCUUGGGUCAGCUGUAGAUAAUCAUUUAAAAGAUGAACUGAAGAAGUAUGCAGAUGAUUGUAAAUUACUAGUUAGAUUCACUCUUCAAGCACAGGAACCAAGCUUGUCAGAAUCACCAAUCAAAUUAACUCCGUUAAUAAAAACAAUACGGGCACUUUGGUAUAAAGCAGUUACAGAGUUAUAUUUUUGGGAUUUGUGCCUGCCGUAUAAAGAAAUAGCUGCUCUGGAAACAUUUCUUGCACAGCCAAUUUAUUCUGUUGAGUAUGUGGAGUUUCUAAAUUGCAAACUUGAUGCAUAUUCCAUGGAGAGAUUGUCUCGGUGUCUCCCAGUAAAUAACUUUUUGAGAACUCUAGUUCUUGAUUUUACAAAGUUAAAUGAUGAAGGGUUGAUGUCAUUGUCCAAUGGUUUUCAGUCAUCAACUUGCAUAACCAAAUUAAGUUUAUGCUUUUGUGGCUUCACAUCUCGUAGUGGAUCAGUUUUGGGUCAAAUGGUGACACAAUCAGCUGUUAACGAAUUGUAUGUUGAUGGAAACAUGUUAGAAUGUGACGGUUUGGUCGAACUAAUUCGAUUGGUGGUAAAUCAAGCAGAGAUUGAUGCAGCUGAAAGACAAAGAAUAAAAGAAGAAGAAGAGCUGUUGAUACAAACUGCUGUGUCUGAGAAUGAUAAACCAGUGUAUUCAAAACACAUUAUUCCAGCAAAAUCUGAUACAAGAAAACCGCCAGUUUCUGGAAGGUCUCUUAUUGCAAAGAAAGGCAAAAAGAAAAAGAAAAAAAAGAGUGGUUUAAAAAAAGAGCCAGCUAGAGUUGGUGCAUGGUUGGACGUUUUGCAUAUUGCUGAUAAUGGAAUUGACAAUUUUACUGUGAAUUCUGACAAUGUUCCAUUGGAAGUGAUGAGGUUGCUGAAGAGAUGGAUUGUAAAUUCUUCAAAUUUAAAAGAAAUAGAUCUGGACGACAAUUUGAUUGGUGAACUUGGUGGAAGAGAAAUUUUAUCCGCAUUGCAGUCUCGUAAAGAAGCUGGAUUGAAACCAAUUCACAUGAAGGUGACGCAUAGAAUGGAGACAGAUACUUUUAAUAAAAUCAACUCCUUAGCAUCUGGAUCGACAAAGCGUGGAAAGAAGAAAAAGAAGAAGAAAAAUGGAAAGUCUGGAAAAAGACGGGUGUGACAAGGACAAGGACAUGAUGACAAAUUUGCGAAAGGACAGAAAAGGUUUUUUUUAUUCUCCCAAACUGCUGUUGGAUCACUUUACUUCAGUAUUUUAUGUCGAAGUUUAUAUAAUGCUUAAUUUUGCAAAAAAGUAUACAUUUGCGAGGGACUACAUUCUCACUCUAGUAAGGAAUGGGUUUUCUAACCUGAGCGCGUGUCUUAUGCACUUUUUUCUAGAAUGACCAAUUUAAAAACAUUUAUAUUCGUGGAAUAAAAUGAAAUGACAACAACAAUUUUAAAAAUAUUUAGCAAAAUCUUUUCGGUAGAAAAUCAGCAUCAAUACUAUAGAUGUUACAAUAAAAUGAUUUGCUAACUAUUUUUAAAAUUAUAAGAACAAUGGUGCAUAUGUGAGCUAUAUUUGUGUAAGUAUUCCUACACAUUAUCUUCCCAAGUGCUGCAAAGAUGAUGGAUCGAGCGGGACUUGAACCCACCACCUCUCUCUUUCCGGGUGAUUUCUCUACCGACUGUGCUAUCGAUCCGAUGCUGUGUCUCUAGCACAUGUAGUACACGAGGCGAGGAUACUACCUCCUUGCGACAUACCACGAGGGCGAGGUGUAUGUCCUCCUUGCGACAAAUCUAUUUUUAAAAUUGUUGUUGUCAUUUCAUUUUAUUCCAUAACUCAACGGCUAAUUUUAACACAUCUAUAUUUAUAUGAGUAAAUUAUUUUUCUGUGUUUAUAUAUUUUUAAUUUUGUACAUAUUUAAUUUAUUAUCAACGUUUGAUGAAAAAAUAACGUUUUAUUUAUAA